AUGGAUCGGCCUCCAUCGCAGAUGGAGAACGUCAGGCCAUCAGGCUUGAAGCCGCCCUCCAAGUUGCCCGCACUGGCUGGGACUCGCACGUUACAAGAGACGAGCUCGAGCGACCUCAAUGCGAGAAGUGCUGGACAAGGAAGCAUGUUGCCGCCGCCGACAGUCAAUGGCUCCAUCAAACACAAGAUCAACGGACGUAAGAUUCACAGGAAACGGAUGUGCCGAGACAAGGGUGAAGACUGAUGCAGCAACUAUCGCAGUACCGGAACCGCCUACGAAGCGUAAGACGCUCGCUGAGCGCGCCGGAGAACCCGCGAAUGCCCUGCGAACACACCUUAAGCAGCCAAGCUCUGGCAGCACGACUGGUUUCGGCACGCGACCUGCUACCAGCUUUUCGACCUACCGAAACCCCUCCAAUGUCUCCAUCGCCAGUUCAGCUAGCAGUCUCCGUCCAUCCAGCAGACAUGCAACUGUUUCACGCCCAGGCGGUCCCGUUCGACAACCCAGCGCAGUUCCAUCAGCCCAGCCAAAUCAAGAUGACGAGGAGUCAGAUGGAGAAGGAGGCAAGCGAAAAGGUACACCCAUCUUGUCCUUUAACAGCCCCGUUACUGGCAUUGUCGUGCGCAAGACCCGCGCGCAAGGCACUUUGCGCCAACAAUCGUCUCAACAACAAUUGCGAGCUAGAUCUCAACAUUCUGGCUCUUCUUCGAGCGCGUCCGGCGGCGAUGGUGCAAUUUUCGACCAUCCACCCCGGGACAGCUCGCUUUCCUCUACAUCUUCAGCACCCGCACCUGCACCUGCAUCAGCACCAGAGCAACGAAGCACUUCAGGAGGGACUGUCGGUGCCAGCAAACCCUCCCGUAAUGUAUCCCUUAACACAGCCUUUGCUGGACUCGCAAUCUCAUCAAAACCGCGAGAUUCCUCGGGCAAACACACACCGUCCCUUGAGCGCAUCAGAGAAGAAAAAUCCCCUUCAAAGAUCCCCAAAUUCUCUUGCACGCCCAAACUACCUCACCCUGCACAGUCUACACAAGCCCUGAGAACCCCCUCCCCUCUCAAACAUAAACCUUCUUUGACAGGUCUUCGGACGCCAGCCACAAGUGCAAAGCGCGGAGACGUUGACAUGCCGAGAUAUUUGACGAAAGACAAGCUAAGCCCUGUCGCAGCAUGGGACACCAAAGGUCGACUCGACGACAUCGAGAAGAUGUACAAGAUGCUCGAAUCGCAGAUGGCGUCUGCCGCCGGUGACAAGAAAGCCAUUGACGAGUCGCUAUCGAUUUACAAGACCCGAGUCGAAGAGCUCACCCGUGACAACCGCGAGAUAUCGUCCCAGAACCGCAGUCUGACGAGCGAUCUCGAGCGAGCACGUAACGACCUCCACACGAUCUCGACUGACCUUCGACAAGCGCGACGAGACCACGAGCGAGAUUUGGCGGAACUGAAGAGGCAACAUGAGAGAGAGCUUGAGAACUUGCAAGCUAAGCACGAGAAAGAACGACAGCGGUUGGAACGGGAGCGUGAAAAAGAAAGCGAUUCGUUUGACCGGAAGCUCCUAGAGGCGAAAAAGGCGUGGGAGAAGGCAAAGGAUGAUGAAACGGCCGACUUGACUUCGCAGCACUGGGAAGAGAUGGACCAGCUUCGCGGCGAGCACGAGAGGGCAAUGGCGAAGGUGCAAAAGGAGCUAGAGUUGUUACAAAAAGCCGGCCAGAGCAGAGCGACCGAAACAGCUGCUGAGGUACAGUUGAUGAGAGAUAGCAUCUCCGGUCUGCAGAAACAACUUGACUCCACCAACUCAACCGCUGAGAGCCUCCGGAACCGUAUAACCACAUACGAGUCACGGAUAUCGUCCCUGGAGCAGGAGAAGAACUCCCUAGUCUCGAAAGCCCACUUCCUGGAAGGCAACCAGGAGGCUCAGAGCCAAGAGUUCACCGUCAUGCGUGAUAAAAUGGAGGAAGCAAUUGCUGCCAAAGAAGCAACAUUGGAGACCCUCCGCAGAGAGGAGAUGCUGCGGAGGAAGCUCAACGCCAUGAUUCUGGAGCUCAGGGGCAACAUCCGCGUCUUCGUGCGGACACGGCCGCUCCUCAAUGGUGAGGACAAUCAAGCCAAGGUAGAGUACAUCGAUCAAGACUCGCUCGAGGGCUGUAAGGAAAUGGUCGUGCACGCACCUACCACGCAAACUGCAACAGGCAAGCAGAAAAACGAGAAGCACCAAUACGGAUUCGACCGGGUCUUCACUCCCGGUACAGACAAUAGUGCGGUGUUUGAAGAAUGCCGAGACCUGAUACAAUCUGUCGUGGACGGCUACAAUGUGAGCAUUUUAUCGUAUGGCCAGACCGGAAGCGGAAAGACGUACGGCAUGUCUGGUCCAGCAGGAAUCAUUCCGUCCUCAAUCCGACUGUUGAUGAAUGAGAUGCAACGCCUGAAAGACAAGGGAUGGGAAUACGCGGUCGAAGCAUCUUUUGUUGAGGUGUACAACGAGACCCUAAACGAUCUUCUGGGCGAUGCAAAGACAUGGGAUGAGGUCGACGACCUCGGAGCCAGCACUCGUGGUAAGAAGAAAGAGAAGCAUGAGAUACAUCACGAUGCUACUACUGGCAAGACGACAGUGACCAACUUGACCUCGAUCCGUUUAUGGCCGCCACCUAAGGACGAGGGAGGGUGGCCGCCUGCUGCGCCUCUCGAUGGUCGAGACUCAAAUGCCGCAUCUGCUGCGGCAUCCUACACCGAGAACGCGGUCAACAGCCUUUUGGACACGGCGGCGAAAAAUCGUCGCGUUGCCGCCACCAAGGCCAACGAGCGCAGUUCCCGAAGUCACAGUAUCUUCAUACUUAAGCUGAAGGGAUCGUGUGUCGCGACUAACGAAAGCAGCGAGGGCAUUCUCAAUCUUGUCGAUCUUGCUGGUAGCGAGCGCCUGAAGCAAUCAGGCGCCGAGGGGAGUCGGAUGAAGGAGACUCAGGCGAUCAACAAGUCUUUAUCGUCCCUGGGCGAUGUCAUUGCAGCUCUUGGUAACAAAAAUGGCAACAAUGACGCGCAUGUGCCGUACAGGAAUAGCAAGGUGAGCAGCCCAACGUCCUGAGUCAAAGUACGGAAAGCUAAUCACCUCGCACAGUUGACCUACCUCUUACAAUCUUCGCUUGGCGGCACGACAGCAGGGAAGUCAUCGCGUACCCUGAUGUUGCUGCAUCUUAGCCCUUUGCAGACACAUUGGCAAGAAAGCAGAAGCAGUCUGCUGUUUGGCAGUAAAGUGCACGGCACUCAUAUUGGAACAGCAAAGAAGCGGUAA